AACAUAAGCAAUGUGCAGUCUCCAUUAGAAAUAUUGUUAGCAAUGCAAUAUUAAGAAAUAAUAUAUUGCGUGCCGAGAUGCCACUUAAAGUAUUCGUAAAAUAUGUAUUAAUUAGUGAGAAGUAAAACUUGACUUCAAAUUUUCAAUAAUCGGUGAAUAUGUGGCAUACGGGCAUUGCGGUGUUACAAACUGGAUUUGAUAUGAGUACUCGGACGCUAUAUUUAUUAUAUCAUCAAAUGGGAAUCCGUACACUUAUAGUGAUAUUGUUUACUCUCCAAUGUCCAACGUAUGGAUUAGAUUCAUACUAUUAUUUGGAGAGCAACGAUAUUAGUGAGUUAAAUAGUGUUGAACAAAUGGCUCGUUUUCCUUUGUUAAUGCCGAAAGUUGUUCCAAAUAAG